CCGCUUGUCCCACGUGAUGUUCCUCUGGACCCUGAUAAUAUUGACUAUGUAGAACUCACCCAGUGCGAGAAUUUAGCACAGGUAUUGCGGUAUCGAGUUGCCAACAACAGUCUUUCUAGAGCAAUGCCUGCAUUCACGACAGUCGAUUCAAAGGGUAAAGAAACCACGAGUCUCACUUGGGAGAAGCUGCUUGCUCGAGCAGAAAAGGUAGCAAAGGUCAUUCGUGAAAAAUCGGAUCUUAAACUUGGUGAUCGGGUGGCUCUCAUCUACCGCAAAUCAGAGGCAAUUGAAUUUACGAUCGCAUUGUUUGGUUGCUUUUUGUCUGGUCGGGUGGCUGUACCCAUUAAUGCUGCUGAUGAAUUGGCAGAAUUGGCAUUCGUAUUGAAUUUGUCUGCCACUCGUCUUGUAUUGACAACCGAGCACAACCUCAAGGCAUUCACAAAAGACAUGCAGGCUCGCCAGGUAGAUUUCCCAAAGAACAUCGAAUGGUGGAAGACCAAUGAUUUUGGAUCGUGGUAUCCUAGCCAGAAAUCAUCUGGUUAUCCCGACCUCAAGGUGCCUGAAUUGGCUUACAUUGAAUAUGUAAAAGCAGCAAAUGGCGAACUCAAGGGUGUCGCAAUCACCCACAAGACUUUGAUGGCCCAAUGCAGAGUGUACAAGGCGGCUACCACAGAAACUUGCGCUGCUGUGAAUGAGCAAGGUGAAAUGGUUAUCGAACGAAUGGCAGGCCCUCAGCCUGUAGAUGUAGUUGUCAGUUAUCUUGAGCCACGCCAGCAGGUGGGUUUGGUAUUGUCCAUCUUGUGUUCUGUGUUUUCGGGAAACCACACGAUCUUUGCCAGUGCCAGCAUUAUGGAAACACCUGCCAUUUGGGUGUAUGUUUUAUCGAAAUACAGUGCUACCAUUGCCUUGGCCGAUUAUCCUGGUCUCAAACUUGCGACCAAACUUUAUCAGGCUCAUCCAAAAGAGGUUCAAUUUGUUAGCAAGAAAGUGGUCCCAAAUCUAUCAGAGCUACGUCUGUUGAUGAUUGACACCAUCAUAGUUCAGCCAGAAGUAAAUGAAUUCAUUGCCGAGGAACUACUACGCCCUCUUGGAAAUACAGAAGACCCACUGGAGGUUGUCUGUCCAGUAGCUUCCUUACCAGAACAUGGUGGUAUGCUGCUGAGUUUCAGAGAUUACCUUGGACCUGCUGUUUUGGAAGAAUGGUCUGAAGAACCUCUGGAUUCAGAAAAUAAUCAAGACCAAGAACAAGACCAAGAUUAUCAGCCAUCAUCUACACGUAAAAUGACUUCGACCUUGGCUUCUGGUCAUUCUCGUGAUGUAUGGGAGUGCGUAUUAGAUGCUGAUGCGUUGCGUCUGAACAAGGUGGUUGUGCUGGCAGCUGGAAGUCCAGACCAGAUUUCUGAGCAUUUUAAUCAACCAGGCCAAGUUCGUAUGGGAUCGUUUGGGUUUGUAAUACCCCAAGCAACGGUUGCAAUUGUGGAUCCAGAGACAACUGCUAUAUGUGCAGCAGAUACUAUUGGUGAAGUGUGGAUAGAUGCUCCAUCUGUUCCCGGAGGAUUCUGGGGCUUACCAAAGCACAGUUCAGCUAUAUUUCAUGCACGCCCAAUCAUAGUUCAACCUGACACUCUUCACCCAGAGAUUUAUGAUCAAGAGUUUCUUCGUACUGGUCUUGUAGGAAAAUUGAUUGGUGGCCGCUUGGUAGUAUUUGGUACAUAUGAAGAGCGUAUACGCCAACAGCGCCUAGGUGAAGGACUUGGCUUGACCGAGGUUCAUUUUGCCUCAAGUUUGGUAGAGACUAUUACAAAGAACACUCGCUUGGAUUCAUGCGUAUUUUUCGAUAUUACCUUGAACUCUCAGAAUUUACCUGUGCUGGCAUUUGAAUCAGCUGCUACGCGCGAGGAACUGCCUGGACUUAUUAACAGUGUUGUUGACUUGGCUCUUGGAUACCAUGGUUUACGUUUAUAUGCAGCAGUUGUUGUGGGACCAAAUAAUCUUCCCCGAAGCAUGAAAAACGGACGUAGAUAUUUGCAUGCCAUGAUGACAAAACGUGCCUUCUUGGCAGGCCAGAUGAACCUUAGAUACCUGAAGAUGGAUGUGGACCGCACAGUCUUUGGUGUAGCUACAAGUGAUGACCCUAAUCUAGACAUAUGGCGCUCUUAUGUAGCAUAUGAAAAGGGUGUUAGUAUGGGUAUCAUAUCUGCACGUCCUCAGCCGCAGCACACCGGCAUGGAAAUCAUCCGUUCCGUUUUGGACGAACGUACAGAUUUUGAUCUCUCCAAGUUUACUAAUAUCAUCGACCUCUUCAUCUGGCGUACUUCUUUGCAUCCCGAAGAAACCGCAUUUACCGUCUUGACUCAAUCAAAUGGGUCUUUACCGACAAAGUCGUACACAUGGCGCAAGAUGAGCACAAAGAUCGCAACUGUGGCUAAUUUCCUUCAAAAGAAACUCGGUCUUAAGCGCAACCAAAAGGUGUUGUUGUUCAUCCCAUUCGGUAUUGAUUUCAUUAUAUCCAUAUAUGCCUGUCUGUCACUUGGAAUCAUAGUCGUCACUUGCCCACCUCCAGAUCCAGACCAACACCCUCAACGUAUUCAGGACGAUGUUGGGUCAAUGUUUGCUGCCUUACAUGACCUGUCAAUUUCGUACAUCCUGACCAACACCAGGGCUGAGGACAUUCUAAAGAACAAACAAGUUAGCCCGGUUGUCAAGCAAGUCUUGGCUCAAUAUCGAAAAGCUAAUUUUAAAAUGCCAGAACAAAGCUCGGUUAGUAAGGCACCCAAGUUUAACAAACUUUUGGGUAAAGAAAGCGGAUUUAUGGUCCAGCCAGAAUGGCUUUCCGAUAAAUCUCCGGCCUUGAUUUCAGUGCAAUACUCGGCAGACAUGCGCCGUGUGUAUGCUACCUUGGGACAUGAUACGAUCUUGGCACAGUGCAGAACCCAAAAGAUGACAUGUCAGAUGAAGUUUCAACGAAGCUUGGUUGUUGCAAGUAUUUAUGGAACAUUUGGCCUUGGUCUUUUACAUUCUGCAUUCUGUGGUGUCUAUGUUGGCUGUCCUACUGUCACAAUAUCGGACGAAGAUUUCUAUACUAACCCACUUGCCUACUUUGAGUUGAUUCAGCGGUACAAAGCCAAGGACGUGUGUGUUUCUCACCCAUUACUACAGUAUGCUAUGAACCGAAUUAGCCAGAGCGACCUUCGUAGGGUUGUUUUGCACAAUGUACAAAACAUGAUGGUGACUACGGACGAUAGACCAAAACCAGUGCUGUACCAACAUAUUACCCGUUAUCUUGCAAUAACUAGACUUGAAAAGGAAGCAAUCAACACCGUAUACAGCCAUGCUUCAAACCCAAUGGUCACUACGCGCUCUUACAUGCUAGUUGAACCAAUUUCACUGUUUGUUGAUUUUGCCUGGUUACGCCAAGGAAUUGUGCGUCCAUUGAGUCCAGAAGAAGACACUUCAGGCGUACUUUUACAUGAUUCAGGAAUUGUCCCAAGCAAUACGAUGAUUGCAAUUGUUAAUCCAGAAACCCAAAUGCUCUGCCCAAGUAAUGUAAUUGGAGAGAUCUGGGUUGCUUCAGAUUGCAAUAUCCAGACACUUUAUGGACUCAAUGAAGCCAGCCAUGCAGCUCGGUUCGAAGCCACGAUUUCUGGUGCGGAUCCACGCGUCAAGUAUAUGCGUACAGGCGAUCUAGGUUUCUUGUGGAAUGUCCAGCGCCAAACAGGCACUCAACAAACUGUGGUGGAGGAAGGACAGUGUUUGUUUGUAUUGGGCGCAAUUAGUGAGACUAUUGAGGUCAACAGACUGCUCCACUUCCCAAUUGAUAUUGAAAAUACUAUUGAAAGAUCUCAUCCGGGUAUUCCUGUUGGAGGAUGUCAUGUCUUCCAGGCUGGGUCAGAAGUAGUAGUGGUUGCAGCUAUCAAGGCAAAAGAACAAGCAUUGGCAGCCAUUCCUAUGAUUGUCAAUACUGUACUUGAGGGACACUCUUUCUUGGUUGACACUGUAGUAAUUGUCAACAGUAACCAAUUACCUCGUUCACGCUACGGCGAUAAAUUGAGAGGAAAGACGCUGGCGUCUUUUGUGGAAAAGAAAUUG